UUAUUGUCUAUGGACUGAUGGCUAGUUAUAUCCUUUGUCAAAAAAAGUCAAAUUAUUUCUUUUCUUCUUCCGGUAGCGUCUGGUGGAGUAGUCGCCAGUCGCCAUUUUGUUCGUAUUUUAAUAAUUUGUUCAGUUUGUGGUGAUUGAGUUGGUGUAAUUUGAAAAAAGGAAUAAUGUCACGUUACGGUGACUGUAAAGUGUAUGUGGGAGAUUUAGGUAACAAUGCAAGCAAACCUGAACUUGAAGAUGCAUUUUCAUAUUACGGACCUCUAAGAAAUGUCUGGGUAGCAAGAAACCCGCCCGGCUUCGCUUUUGUAGAAUUUGAAGACCCUCGAGACGCCGAAGAUGCGAUACGUGGUUUGGAUGGACGCACAAUUUGUGGCCGACGAGCUCGAGUAGAGAUGUCUAAUGGCGGGCGAGGUUAUGGAGGACGAGGGCCACCACCACGCUCUCGAUUACCUCCUAGACCAUAUGAUGACCGCUGUUAUGACUGUGGAGAUAGAGGACAUUAUGCUCGAGACUGCACACGCCGUCGUCGCCGCAGGUUAUCAUUGGCCUGUGCGCCGAGAACGAACUCGUCAGUGUCUGCACUUCUUAUUGUCUGCGCUACGUAGCUUUCUCCCCGCGGCGUGUACUCCAAUUGAGUUGAUUGCUUCGGUAACACCGCUCGCUCUGCGAACUACGUAGCUACAGCCUACGUGCACACUUCACUUGAGAUCGUCAUUGAGAGUAAAGUUCGUUCUGCGCGUCGCACCGCACGUCUAAUGUAAUCACUGCGUGCACUCAGUGAGUUACACAUUACUAUCCCAUAUUUGUGUUCAAAGAAAGAGCCUGUGCUGCUUAUUUUUAGUAGGAAGGUAGUAUCUUUAGAACAUAGAGAGCUGAAAUGAAGACCAGCAAACUGAGAGCAACUCAUCAUCGAAAACAUAAUUAUAAUAUUAAUAGUAUGUUAUUUUUUAAAUUAUAUUUCUCAGAUUUACAGAACUCAAUAGCCGAAGAGUACAAGGAUAAAUAGUACAAGGAUUUCAAUUAAACAUUGAACUUAUGUUAAUUUUUAUUCCAUUGUAGAAUAUCAAUAAUAUUUGACCAUAAGCAAAUAAUAUAGGUACAUGAAUAAAAAUUUAAUGCGUGAAUUGAUUUUGCAGCAGUAGCAGCAUGAAAAUAUGUUUUCUUGUUUAUUUUUUAGUUUUUUGUUCAACCUGAAAUUAGGUGAUACUGAAACUAAAAGUAGAACUGUACUAAAACAACAUCGUGUAAAUUUUCAGUCGGUCAAGGUCCCGUCGUCGCACGCGCUCCCGCUCGCCACGCUCUGGAUCCCGCUCCCGCAGUCGCAGCCGCUCUCGCUCCCGUUCUAAGGCACGGUCUAUGUCGCGGUCAAGAUCUCGUUCUCCAUCCAAAGACUCGAAAAAAUCUAACUAAAAAUAUUACAUUGUAAUAUACCUUAUUUUUAAUGUACACAACUUACAAGCAACCUUUGACAGUUUUAGGGUCGGUACGUAUCUAAUGCAUAAUGUGUCGUGUAACAUCAGGAAUACAAAUAAUUAACAACAGCUUACCUACCCCUAACCGAUGCCGAUGACGCAUUAUUGCGUCGAGCGAACAGUCACUAUAUCCCAGUGGCAUUGGAUUACCUUCGUUCGGCACAUUUACCGUCAGUUAUGAAUCGACCCUUAGAUUUAUCAUUCCUGUGUAUGUGUAUUGAUUUGAUUUUAUAAGUUGAAGAACGAUUGAUUUUGAGAUCAAUAAAGUUUUAAGAAUA